AUGAGGAAAAUUGUGAUCGAUGAAAUGGAUGUUGAAACUCGAUGUAGAUUUGAAAUUUGUUCAAGAAAAUGUAAAGAUGAAGCAAAAAUGUCGAAAAAACUUUUGACAAGAAUUGCAAUUCGACAGAGAAUUUCGGCGGAAAAUUAUUUUUUGCUGGAAAAUUAUCGAUCAAAAUUCGACGUCUUAUCAAUGAUGAGAUUAUCAGUUCUUUCAAUAAUUAAGAUGUUAUAA